AGCAUAUUCUUGGUUGGUCAAAACGAUAAAAUGUUUGCAAUUUCAAAUGGAUUCGAUGUUUAAUAAUGGUGAUGAGAAUAUGGUGACAAAUCAGCAACAAUAUUCAAUGUUUAAUGAUAAUAAUAACCAUGAUCAAAUGAUGAUUGAAUCAUCCAACAAUAUUGAAAAUAUUAAUUUUCGUAAAGAAAGAACUUGUUUCAAUCGAUAUCAAUUGGAUGGUCUUGAACAACAUUUUGCCGGACAAAGUUAUCUAACAAGAUUACGACGUUAUGAAAUUGCUGUUGAAUUAAAUUUAACUGAACGACAGGUUAAAGUUUGGUUUCAAAAUCGAAGGAUGAAAGAACGAAGACGAAUAAAACAAUGAUAAAAACACAAACACAGACAGACAAAUUAACACAUUUCACAAUGAUGACCACAACCAGCCGGACAUAAAAGAUUUGUACGAAACCAUUC